AAAGAGAAGAUCAAGAAAAGCAGCAGAGGGAAGAGCAAGAAAAAACUGUAGAACACACUUCUGUAAAAGAGGCAGACAAAACCAGCCGUACAGGACGACGUCCCAGUCAAAGUGCCUUGUCCAGUCGUAAUGAUCGAAGAUCAGUGAAAAGUCCUCAAAAGACAGAUGUGCCCAAGGAGAACAAACAUCCAUUUGCUCUGUAUGGGUGGGGAGAAAGACAGACAGAUACUGGAAGCCAGAAAACUCACAAUGUCUGUGCUUCUGCUUCAGCGAAUGAAAUUCACGAAUCUGCUCUACGAGCGAAGAACAGGAGACAAGUGGAGAAAAGGAAGCUUUCUCAGAGGCGAGUACGAUCAGCAGAAGCAGAGAAAACUUGGCGAAUAAAGCCCUCCCCACCGGAUAACCCUUGGAUGACAGAGUACAUGAGAUGCUACUCAGCAAGAGCUCGGUGAAUUUGGAUUCCCUUAGACAUCUCCAAAAGAAGUUAUGCAUAUCAGGACACUGGUGCAAGGAACCAAACUACUUAUGCAAGGUUUUUAUAGGGAGUUUCCAGCUGAUAAAAUAUUUGUUACAAUAUUUUUAUCUUGGCUACCUACCUCACAGUGGGGUGUAUCAUUGGAGCCAUAACAUUUGAAGAGGCUUUUAGAUAUAGCUACCCAAACUUUUAAAUAAUUCCCCUUUUGGGAAUCUUUCUAAUGCUCCAGUUGACUUGUUCUGGGGGCAGGAGGGGGGAUCCUUAGCAUACAGGGAGUCAAAGCAAAGGCUUUUUAAAAUCUUGGUUACAAAUAAUGUUGUCCCUUAUUUUAAAAGUCCAAGUCAUAGGGAGGUGGUGUGGGGGAAAGACUUUAAAGGUGUGA